UGAGUAUUCACGGAGCAGCGCAUGUGCGUUGCGAGGGUGCAGGGGAAGCUGAGGGGUAGUUGGCAUGUGUGCUCCGAGGCGCCCCUCGCGUCGUCCCGCCCGCGCAUCAAAAUCUCAACGACACAUACAGAUCACUGCUACCCACUGUGUCUAUCAGGGACGCUGCUAACCCCCACCGCAGGCGGAGGGACCGAGAGGCCCAACAAGCAGAGCAAGGAUCUCAGAGAGAGAGAGAGAGAGAGAGAGAAGGGAGAUGGCGUCGGCGGGCGUGGUGGCCGCGGCGGUGGUGGUGGCAGCGCUGGCGGCGUUCUGCGCGACGGACCCGCUGCGGCUGGGCUCCAUGGUGGACUUCCCGGGCUUCGAGGCGCACCCGGUGGAGCUCCCGGACGCGGCGGAGAUGCCCCCGCACGCGGACGCGGGCGAGCGGCUGCGCGGCGCGGAGAUCCGGUUCCGCGGCGAGGUGCAAGGCCCCGAGAGCGUCGCCUUCGACCCGCGCGGCCGCGGGCCGUACACGGGCGUCGCCGACGGCCGGGUCCUCGUCUGGGACGGCGCGCGCUGGGCCUACUUCGCGCACGCCUCGCCGGCCUGGACCGCCGACCGCUGCGGCGGGCCCAAGGCGUCCCCCACGGAGUACCUCAGGGACGAGCACGUCUGCGGCCGCGCGCUCGGCAUCCGGUUCGACAAGCGGACGGGGGACCUCUACAUCGCCGACGCCUACUUCGGCCUCUCCAAGGUCGGGCCCGAGGGCGGGCUGGCCACGCCGCUCGCCACGGAGGCCGAGGGCGUGCGCUUCAACUUCACCAACGACCUCGACCUCGACGCCGACGGCAACGUCUACUUCACCGACAGCAGCGUCCUCUACCAGAGAAGGCAUUUCAUGCAGUUGGUUUUCUCUGGAGAUGCCUCUGGGAGGCUCUUGAAAUACAAUCCACAAACAAAGGAAACAACAGUCCUUCACCGCAACCUCCAAUUUCCCAAUGGAGUGAGCUUAAGCAAGGACGGUUCAUUCUUCGUCUUCUGUGAAGGAUCUCGUGGAAGGUUGAGCAGAUACUGGCUGAAAGGUGAGAAGGCAGGAACCGUCGAUCUCUUCGCCAUCCUGCCUGGGUUCCCGGACAACGUGAGGACCAACGACAAGGGCGAAUUCUGGGUAGCAAUCCAUUGCCGGCGCAGCGCAUACGCCCGGCUCUUGAGUCACCGCGUGCAGCUGAGGAAGUUCUUGCUCAGCCUCCCGAUCCCCGCCAAGUACCACUACCUGAUGCAGAUCGGCGGCAACCUGCACGCGCUGAUCAUCAAGUACAGCCCCGAGGGCGAGGUGCUCGACAUCUUGGAGGACACUAAAGGGCAGGUGGUGAGAGCCGUAAGCGAGGUGGAGGAGAAAGAUGGCAAGCUUUGGAUAGGAUCCGUUCUCAUGCCCUUCAUUGCCGUCUUUGACUAUGCCAAGGAAUCUGGGUAAUAAGGUUGUUUUAAAAGAUCUGUGAAGAUAUCAUCAGACGAUAUGCCAAAUAUAGUUCUACCAUACCAACCUGCACAAGAAGAAACUCGUUCUUCUCAUCACCAGCUUCCUCCCCAAAUAAUGAGAGGUCCUGCAGUCAUUACGGGAUAUCGUUUAAGCAAAAUGGCAGGUAAAGAGAUAUAAUGCCAUACAAGUAUUUGUAACAGCUAGCUAAAGAAAAUUCAAAAGUUCUGCAUAUAUUUUCACUAAACGGGAGUGAAGUCUACCAAUUAUAUAAACAUACCUUGUUAACAGGAUCCUUCUGAUUC